AUGGAAAGUUGGCUUAAAGACCUCAAAUGUGUUGCAACAAAAUCUUCCGACGAAGGCGAAGAUUCGAAAGAAGUACGCAGGCAGGAGGAUGCAGCAAUUCCAGAUCAAGACGGUGAUGCGACGACGUCAAUCAGCAUGGUUUCAAAGCCGAAAAAAAGAAAAUAUAAUGAAUCAUAUAUCAGUUUUGUUGAUUCCAACGGGUCACCUCUCUGUUUGUUAUGUAGUAAACUGCUUUCUAAUACUUCCAUGGUACCUGCCAAGAUGCGCCGACAUUUAGAAACAGUACACUAUGAGUUUAAGGAUAAGAAAAAUGAUUUUUUUCUUCGUAAAAAAGAGGAGUUGCUGAGAAGUCAGAAAACUAUGAUGCACACCACGCAAACUGUCAAUGAAAAAGCCAUGUAUUUAGUUAGCUAUCGCAAGCAAAUAAAGCGCACACUAUCGCUGAGGAUUUGA